GUCACCUUGAAGUCGAAGAGUCAACAACGUUCGACAGAAGCACUCGUGUGGAGAACCAUAUAAAUUUCCCAACUCCUGUAAUAAGCAGCAGUUCCAAUUCAGAAAAAUGGAUGCACCAAGUGGUGUGAAUCAGGGAGAAUUCACGUGGAAAAUCAGCUACUUCACUGAGCAAGAUGCGAGGAAGCUUUACUCUGAAGCAUUCACAGUUUCUGGUUGUGAAUGGAGAAUUAGCUUAUACCCGAAGGGGGAUGACACGGACCAUUUGUCGCUGUACCUCGAUGUCCCUAAUUCUGCGACGUUGCCGAACGGGUGGACCAGAAACGCCAAGUUCAGCUUGAGCGUGAUCGAUCAAACCAAUGAUGUUCAAUCUAUUAGAAAGGAGACGCAACAUAAUUUCACUGCAACAGAGAGUGACUGGGGUUUCGCAAGUUUCAUUCCAUUGACUGAGCUUUGUAGUCCUACUGCUGGAUACCUAGCAAAUGACACUUUGGUGAUUAAAGCCAAAGUUUGCGUCUUAACAGUUACUCCUCCAGUGAACAGUCGGCCAGCUGGACCGACUGAUAAGUUUGACUCCUAUUUUACUGGUCUAGAGGAAUUCCUCAACGCUGCUGAGACUAAUGGCGGUAGUGUAGGGUCAACUUCUUGCAACCAAGAUGGUGCUUUGAUGGCCGAAAUUCCUAGCUUAGAAGAAGUUGAGAAGGCUAAGCAGUCUUUGAAGGAAUGCCUUUCGGAUCUCUUUAAAUUGAAUAUGAAAGAGAAGCUAUAUGAGGCACUAUCAACUUUAAGCUUGGCCAGAACUGGAUUAUCGUCGGAGCAGCAAAUAACAAUUGAGACAUUUCAAGCCAAUUUCAAUGAUUUCACGUCCGACUUCUUAGCAUUUGAGCAGGACAAUGCUGAGUUUGAGCUGCAUAAACUACAAAAGGAUCAAAAGUUCUCAGCUAUGAAGAAGAGCCAGGAUACUCACAUCUUGUAUAAGCAGUUAAUGGAUGACCUCAUCAAAGAAGAGGAAGAGCUCAAAAGGAGGACAGAAGAAGUAAACUCUAGGAGGGACAAACUUCUCUCAGAUUGGGAGAUCUUGCUGGUUGAGUCUGAAGAAGCGAAGUCGGGCUAUCAAGAUGAGCAGAAGAAAGUAGCAGAGGCUGAGGAAAAGAAGAGAAUAGCUGAAGAAAGAAUGUCUAGAUCAACCACUGCUUGGUCAAAUUUGAAGGCUCAGUUUUGUUGAAACUUUAAGGUUUCAAAUAGGCUAUGAGCCGUUUGUUCACUUAAAGUAUAAAAACUGCAUUUGAGCUCUACUACUUUU